AUGGGAUCCUCAGAGCACCGACGCCUGCUGGGGCCGUCGCCCCUGAGCGACCGCUGCCCCGCAGACGUAAGCGGCCCAUGGAGCGUCAUCUUCUUUUCGUGGCUCACGCCGCUGCUCAACCUUGGCAACGCCCGCCGGCUCGAGUUUGACGACCUCUUUUUACUCAACCCCGCGGACCGCGCGACGACCGCUGCCAGCGUCUUCCAUGCGCAGUGGGCGCUCGAGCGUGCGCAUUCGUCACCGCCCAAGCUCUGGCGCGCCUUUUCCCGCGGGUACUCGCGACCGGUCGUCGUCGCGGGCGUUCUCAAGGUCUUUCAUCUGGCGUUCCAGUUCAUUGGACCUAUCUUGAUCAAGCACCUCGUCGCAUAUCUUGGCGACCCGUCGGGGCCACUCGAGAUUGGGUUGUACUACACGCUGGCCGUGUUUGUGUCUGGCAUUUUGCAGUCGCUCGCGCUUCGGCAGUACUAUUACGUUUGCUACGAAGUGGGGCUGCGGCUUCGGUCGGCCGUCGUCAUGGCCGUCUACGACAAGGCGCUCGUGCUCGCCUCGACAGCGUCAACGGGGGAAGUUGCGACGCUCAUCAGCGUCGACGCGACGCGGCUCCAGGAAAUUGUCAACUCGGCGCACAGUCUGUGGUACACGCCCCUGCAGAUCGCAGUCACGAGCGUUCUCAUGUACAACGAGCUCGGUGUUGCGUUCCUCGGCGGUGUCGGCGUCCUCUGCGUGCUGAUUCCGAUGACGUCGGCCAUGACGAGCUACAUGCGCACAUGCCAGGGCCCGCUCAUGACGGUCAAGGACUCGCGCUUGAAGGCGAUUCUCGAAGUGCUCACCGGCAUCAAGGUGCUCAAACUCCAGGCCUGGGAAACAUCGUUCUUUGCCCGCAUUCUGGACCACCGGGAGAGCGAGCUCGCACAGCUGCGUCGGUACGUCACCGCCAAGGCAUAUGGGUACACCAUCUUCAACGCCGUGCCGUCCGUCGUCACGAUCGCCGCCUUUGGCUUGUACGUCUACCUCGGCCACUCGCUGGACCUCGGCACGGCGCUGACCAGCAUCGCGCUGUUCGAGAACGUUCGGUACCCGCUCAUCAACUUUCCGGCCGCCAUCACAGCACUCAUCGAGGCCCAAGUGAGCUUCGACCGCCUCGAAGCGUUUCUCCACCGCGCCGAGUACGUGCCGGUGACGCCCGGUCCUCUCACGUCGCCCGGCAUCACCCUCGAGUCGGCGGCGUUCAGCUACGAAGAAGAGGCCACCGACGACGCGGUCGUUCUGCGCAACAUUUCGCUGCGCCUCACGCAGCCGUCGCUCGUUGCGGUCGUCGGCCGCGUCGGCGCUGGCAAGUCGUCGCUCAUUCAAGCUGUCCUCGCGCCCAUGGCGUUCUUCGACACGACGCCGCUCGGUCGCAUCAUCAACCGCCUCUCGAAAGACGUGUACGUUCUUGACGAGCAGAUUCCGCUGAGCAUCAACAACGUCGUCGGCACCGUCAUGACGGUUUUCUCAACAGUCGCAAUUCUCUUGCUCGCGAUGCCGACUUUUGGCCUUUGCUUGAUCCCGCUCUCGUACUUUUACUUGGUCACGCAGCGCUACUACCUCGGUCCGAGCUGUGAGCUCCAGCGCCUCGACGCCAUCUCGCGCUCGCCGGUCCACGCGCUCCUCGACGAAACCCUCGAUGGCCUCGUCUCGAUUCGCGCGUACCAAGUGCAAAAUGCAUUUAUCGCCGAGCAAGCACGCCUCUUGGACCUCAACCAGCGCGCGUAUUUUUUGAGCUUUAGCACCACGUGUUGGCUCGGCGUCCGACUCGAGUUCAUCGGGACGCUCUUCGCGACUGUCGCCACCUUGCUCGCGGUCCUCGCGACACCCGACGACGUUCCUGCGUUUGCAGGCACGGCCGGCGUCGCGCUCUCGUACUGCUUUUCGAUUCCGCAGACGCUCAACUGGCUCGUCCGAACGUACACGAUGCUUCAGACGCAAAUGGUCUCCGUCGAGCGACUCGACGCUUACGACAAGAUCGAGCAGUAG